AUGAACAUUUCUGACGACAGCCACACGCACUCACGCAGAAACGAAGCCAAGUCAACGAAAGACUUCAACAUCUUGAACAUCAGCAACCACCAUGACAAGAUCGUUCCCAAAAAUAUGGAUUUCCGCAACGAGUUCCAAUUUGAAGGAACUGCGGACGAUAUGAAGGCACUGAGAGGUAACAUCCUGGAGAUGGACUCACUCCAUCUUGCCAAGAAAAGACACGUACCAGCCUCCGAUAAAGAACGGUUGAAUCCCGCCGAGGGUGAUUGCGAGGAGGAGGUUGAUGAUUUCGAGGAGGACAGUGAACUGUUCGAAGCAACGACCACAACGACCAUUCCAUUGAAAAGGCUAUCCGCGCAAGGGAAAACGAAGAUUCAUACAAUUUCGGAGGAAGACAAGACAAAGCCCACGCCAAAGCAUGACUUCAGACAUCGAAUUGAGGAUAGUCUUUGUGUUGAUUCUAUCCAUCUUAAUAAAAAGAGAAUGGAAGAACAAUCCAGCUAA